AUGGCUCAGAGCGUUCUGAGCGCUUGUAGGGUUUCCAGCAACUUCCACGCCCGUUACUUGGCCCGGGCCAGGACAUAUGUAUAUCGGGUAGCCACAGGCUGCACCACCUAUUCUGACUUGCCGGUCUUCGAACGAGAUCUCUGCUGGGCAAACUGGCGCGGCAACCUGAGGUUUUGGGAACUGGAGUUCGUAAGCCGAUCUUUCCUCUACAAACAGGUACGGCGAAUGGUUGGGGCGCUGGUUGCCAUCGGCCAGUCCCGGCUUCAACCGCACCACAUCCAAGAACUCCUAGCGGCCCGGGAUUUGAUGGCUUACCCCCCAAACAUCAUGGCGCCCCCAGACGGACUCUUCCUCAAGCACGUGGAGUACUACCAAAGUGAUUUGGAGACAGAAGACUGAAAUGGACUAUUAAUUUCUGUCUUGAGGGGGCGGGCGUUAUAUACAUUGCUGGAGGAGGAAGAGAAAAAAA